AUGACUUAUCUUGUAUCAUUACUGUUGAUGGCUUUAAUUGUAGGGCUAGUUGCCGUGGCCUCUAAUCCUGCUCCUUAUUUUGCUGCUUUUGGUUUAGUGGUGGCAGCUGGGGUUGGGUGUGGGGUGCUCGUCGGACAUGGGGGGUCCUUCUUAUCUUUAGUCCUGUUUUUAAUUUAUUUGGGGGGGAUGCUUGUGGUGUUUGCGUAUUCAGCGGCUUUAGCCGCUGAACCAUUCCCUGAGGCGUGAGGGGAUCGUUCUGUGAUUGGGUAUGUCUUGAUCUACCUAUUAGGGGUUGGUUUAGUGGUUGGGUUAGUAUGGGAGAACUGGUAUGAAGGGUCUUGAGUUGUUAUCGACAGUUUAAAGGAGUUUUCAAUGCUACGGGGAGAUGUCAGUGGGGUGGCUAUGAUGUACUCAUCCGGGGGUGGUUUACUAAUCAUUAGUGCGUGGGUGCUUCUGUUAACCUUAUUUGUGGUAUUAGAAUUAACUCGGGGCUUAGGUCGGGGUGCCCUUCGUGCAGUUUAA